CUCUCUUUUCUCCCCCUCGCACUCUCCAUAAUUUUUACUCCUCCAAGCAAUAGUUGCGUCAACUAACCUGUUCACCUGCUUAAUUCAACAACGAUGUUUAUGAAUAUACGCAGAUUUGACAUUUUUAUUCUCAAUUGAAAGAUAAUAACAGAGUACAGUUUGCUCUCGGUAUGAUAAAUACGUAAUGAGCCCUGGCAUAUUGCAGUCGUGAUUGUCGGUGGUAAUGCAGCGUAGAACGGUUAUUUGAAAUAUUGUACCAUAUUUUAUAUAUUAAUGUAAUUUAUUUAUUCGUUUUAUUGUGGAAGUACUCAGUCACCAAUCUUCCCUGUUUAAUUAUUGUGAUUACUGUGUCAAUGAAACAAUGACAAGUAGCCAAAGUGGACACGAUUAUUCUCUGACGAUAAGACAAGAGAUUCAAAGAUUCGAGAGUGUGCAUCCUUCGAUAUACGCUAUUUACGAUCUGAUUGAUCUCAUAAGUGACACCCAUAUUUCUAAACAAAUAAGGGAACAUGUUGUGGCCAUUGAAGAUUCGUUUGUGAACAGUCACGAAUGGACGCUCUCGCGGAACGUCCCCGAGCUGCACCUGGGGAUAAUCGGUUCCUGCGACUCCGGUAAAUCGGCAUUGGUCCACAGAUACCUGACCGGUUCGUUCAUGCACGAGGAGUCCCCAGAGGGUGGUCGUUUCAAGAAGGAAGUAUUUAUAAACGACCAGAGUCACCUUCUGCUGAUUCGCGACGAGGGCGGCACCCCGGAGGCUCAAUUCGCCGCAUGGAUCGACGCAAUUCUCCUCGUCUUCUCCCUCGAGAGUGAGGAGAGUUUUUCAAUUCUCUGCAAUUACUACAAAAAAAUGUGUUCAUUCCGAAAUAUGUCUGAUGUUCCAAAAAUUCUGGUGGGCGUUCAGGACUCGAUAAACGACGCGAAUCCACGAGUUAUAAAGGACGUUCGCCCCAGGAAGCUCUCCUCGGAGCUGCGGUGCUCCUACUACGAAACCUGUGCCAUUUACGGUCUCAACGUUGAGCGUGUUUUUCAAGACGUCUGCCAAAAAAUCAUCCAAAAAUCAGGGCCAAAUAAAAAUUCACCCCAAUUGGCCCCAUCACGCUGCAAUGGCCAGAACUCUACAGAUAUCGAACCUAAAUACUCAAUGCCUGUGAUUAAAACUUCACUGACGCAUGCCAAAGAGGAUGCCUGCAGUCCCUCCAAGCUCACCCCGGAAAAAACUGAUGAUUUUUUGAGACCAACGCAGGAAAACAUUCCCCAGUGUGAUACGAUGACGAGCGAUAGUUUUCACGACUUCAGAAGUUCGAUUUUAACCCCAACGACAAUCAGAAAAUUCAGGCGAAAAUCCAAUAUUUUUACACCGUCGAAAAAGGAGAAAUAUAAUAUGGGGGAGAUGGGAGUGGGAAGGGAGAUACCUGUCAAGCAGGGCUAUCUCUUCAAGAGGAGCAGUAAAUCCCUGAAAGAGAGGAAGAAGAAGUACGUGACUCUGUUGGAGGAUGGAAGAUUGACUUACCACAGCAGUUUGCACGAUUACAUGAAUGACACCAAUGGCAAAGAGAUUCUCCUGCAGUAUGUGACGGUUAAAGUUCCUGGAAAGACGCCCAAGGGCUCCAAGACUGUCGCGACAAUCGACGAUUGCUUCGAGUUCUCAAUAAUCUCACUGGAGAACAAGAGUUGGAACUUUGAGGCCAGCAAUGCCGAUGACAGGGACCUGUGGAUCGCUGCCAUUGAGCAACAGAUUCUGUCGAGCCUCCAGAAUUCAGACGGGGAUAAGAAGAAUGAGACUGACGCCUUCAAGAUGAUUUGUAUAAAGAAUAAAGUCUCGGGGAAUGAUGCCUGCGCUGACUGCGGGGCCUCCAAUCCUGACUGGGCGAGCUUGAAUCUUGGGGUUCUUGUUUGCAUCGAGUGCUCGGGGGUUCACAGAAAUUUGGGCUCACAUAUUUCCAAGAUCAGGUCGUUGAAUCUCGACGAUUGGUCCGCUGGGCAGCUCAGUGUUAUGCUGGCACUGGGCAAUGAUAUUGCCAAUGGAGUGUGGGAGUACUGCCUCGGUGGCAAGGUCAAACCAGCUCCGGACUCCAGCAGAGAGGCCAAGGAGCAGUGGAUCAGGUGGAAGUAUGAGGAGAAGAAAUUUUUGCCACCUGCCAAUCCCAAUAUAUCACUGGGAAAACUUCUUAUUGAUUCAGUCUGCAGGGGUGAUAUGAGAGCAUUCACACUUUGUCUGGCGCGAUGCACGUACGAGGAUGUCAAUAUUUCUGUGAGUGCUGAGGACUUGAGGACUCCUCUGCACCUCGCCUGUGCCACUGGCAAUUUGGCCAUGGCUCAAUUGCUCAUUUGGCAUAAAGCCAAUCCUCAAAAUCUUGAUCACGAAGGCCGUACCUGUAUGUCAUACGUUCGAGCACUGGAAAGAACUCUGGACAACACAACAGACUCGAUGGAGAUGCAAAAGUUGCUGGAGGUUCUUGAGCAGGCCAGCAUCUCGAGCAUGGACGACACGGAAACAAUUCAGUAUUAAGUAUUUCUUUUCACUAAAUAAUUAACAGGGAAAAUGAAGAAUUGGUACUUACGUAAGGAAUAACUCCACCGAAUUUUUUAAUUGUUUUGAUUUUUCCACGUUUUUUUUUUGUGUUUCAUGGAAGAUGAAGGAGAAGAUGGAAUUUUAUUAUUUAUAUGUACUGCUUGGCUGUUCUGACUCACCUCUGAUGCCUCAUCAGAUCUGAUUUUAUUGUUUUAAUGUAUUAAUUUUUCCCGUUGUAUUUAAACAAAUUAUUAUUUUUUAUGAAUUUUCACUCUAUGUAUAUGUGUAGAAAUGUAUCAAUCGUAUCUUUGAGCAUGUUUAAGGUGGAACUAUGGUGGAAUUUUCCAUUUUUUGCAUGUUUAAAAAUUGCUCCCAUCGAAUUCACCUACGAUACAUCGUUAAAUCUCAUUCCGAUACGAUUUAGAAUUGAAUAAUCAACGAAAGUUAUCGAUAACUCUCGAAAGUAGAAGUAGAUGCAUCAGAUUUGGUUCUUGCUCAAAUUUUCAUCUCUUUCUCUCUGACUUGAAAAAAAAAAAUGCAUAAUAUUUACCAACUAGAUGAAAUUUAUUGGAUAAAAAAGUAUGAUGUAGAUUUUAAAAAUACCCAAAGCUGAUGAAUCUACAACGUAACAAAGAACACAUCACAAAUCGAAAGUGAAAAUAUAAUAAUUUAUCAAUUUAUUCGAGUGUAGUUUUCGUCAAUGACUGAUCAGUACAAAACACUCAUGAAAGAAAUUCUAGUUAUAUUUAUACAUACAUUAAAUGUAUCGAGAAAAAUGUGCUUAUACAAUUCUCAUGUUGAUUAAAUAUAUUGUCAUAUAUAAUUA